AGCACACAGGAUGUGCAAAAGCCACUCGCUGUACGUACAUUCAGAAGACAGCUGUGCUUUUUCAUUUUGAGAGAGGGAUUUUGGUGGAAAGCUAUGGAAAACACAGAACAGCAGCAGGAACUUAUCAUUGACGUGAGCAGCCAGGAGCAAGAAGAGACUGUGAUGGAAACAAACAGGGAGCUGAGCAUUACAGAAGGUAUAGAAGGGGAACCCACAUGUGAUGAGGACAGCAGGAAGACACACGCGGAAGAGGAUGCUGGAGUGGAUCCAUCUGGUGAAGACACUAGUCUUACCACUCAGUGGAGUGUUGAAGAUGAAGAAGAAGCAGCAAGGGAACGCAGACGCAGGCAACGUGAGGAACAGCUUCGAAAGGAGUCAGAGAAUGGUGUACCUGCUGACAGCACAGCCACAGAGUUUGAGCGAGUCACAGAUGAAGACAAGUUUAGCUAUAAGACCUCUGGGCACAAUGAACUGGAAGAAGAUGAAGGUUUCGGUGACUGGACUCAGAGGUUAGACCGACAACGACAGAAGCAAUUAGAGGAGCACGUUUUCGAAGCGCAUCAUAAUGGUGAUGAAAACCAGGAAGCAGUAUGCACACAGAGGGCACAGGUGGACUAUCUGGAACAGGAGGAGGCCAGGUAUACACAUCAUCCUGCAGGGCUGGAAAGUGAAGAAACAGUGGACAGUCAGUAUUCCCAGAAGGAAGAGGCUCAGGAUGCUGAUGAUGACGUUUGGACUAAUUCACAUGAUGAAAAGUGUGAAAAAAAUGAGAACAUUCUAGAAUUCUCCAGCGAUAUCCAUCUACAACGAGAAAUGAGAUCAUCCAGCCUGUCUCAGGAUGAGGAUGAUGGAUUCCGGGAGGCUGAAGCUAAGCUGGAGAAGAUCAGGAAGAGUCUGGAAGAAAAAGGUAACCAGGAAUUUGAACACCUGAAACAGAAACAGAUGGAAGCUGAGGCUGAGCUGGAAGAACUGAAGAAAAGGAGAGAAGAAAGGCGGCAUCUUCGAGAGAAAGUAGAGUAUCAGAGACAGCAGGAAGAACUAGAAAGGCAAGAGAGACAAGAGGAAGAGAAACAAAGAAUGAAGGAAGAUAUAGAAAGACGAAGGAUGGAGGCAACUGAAAAAAGAAUGAAAAAGCUCAGCACAUCUGGAAGUGAAGGAGAAGAGCUUUUACGACCUAUAAGCCCAAGAAGUCCUACCUCUAAGACUGAGAGAGAUGACAGGGCAGUGGCAGAAACAACAUUCACAAUCACAGAAAGAACUGAACAUUUGAACCGGUCAAUCAAAAAAAGUAGUAGCAUAAAGAAGACCCACCCAGUUGUACCCAUUGCAAAGAUCGAGGAUAAACUGGAGCAGUACACCCAUGCUGUCGAGACUUCCAGCAAAGGAAUGAAGCACACAAGUAUGGAUAUACCCUCAGUAAUUGAACCAGUAGCAGCAAAGAAGAACCUGUUUGAAACUCCAGAUGCAUUAGCUAAUGUGCCCAAAGCUUCACCUUGCAAGGACACAGAAGGCCUGAAUGUCGGUGUUGCUGGCAGAAUCAACCAGUGGGUGAAGGAGACAUCAGACACAAAUGUGAAGUACCCUGCUACUGCUGCCUCAGACAUAAUGCCUGGAGAUGUUGGAAGUAUAAAGAAUCUAUGGGAACACAAAGGAGAUUCACCUUCUUCAAAAACUUCUGGAUCUGCCACUAAGAGUACACCUGGCAACAAGAAAUACAAAUAUGUUCCAACUGGACAUGGGAAAUAUGAGAAAAUGGCGCUUGAGGAUUGAGUCAUGGCUUAAUGCAUCUUUUAGUCUGCUGGAAUUCUGAAUGAGUCACACUGGGUCCAGAAGAUUGCAUCUAAUCAAAGGAUCAAUAACAAACGCUUUGAGCUUUCUCUAUUUCCUGCUUAUCUAGGCAGCUGUUCUCUUGGCAAUAGUUUUCACACAAUAUGUCAACGGAUUUAUUACUCUGCAUUCUUGGCAGCUAACAUUUUAGUGUUGAUGAACAGUGUUAAAUGGUAAUCAGCAUUUCAUAUAACAUUUUUUUGCAGAAAUAUCUGCGGAGCAUUUAAAUUAGAUUGACUUGCAUCUCUUUAGGAAUGUGUGGAUUAUUUUGAUCUGGUUAUUAAGAAAGUUUAUGUUUGUCCCUUCUCCACGGGGUAAAUCAAGGAGCUGAUGUUACAAAAUAUGUGAGUCUUCUAAGACCUUGUGAUGGCAUCCGUCUUUCAUGCCUUUGCAACUUGGGAACCUGUUAAAAGUAGUUUGCUUUGUGUGUUGUACAGCUAAAUUAAACAAGCAGAUUCCAAGGUGCCUUAUUCAAAAAGUAACGCAAAUAUGAGGACACAUCUUUACACAACCAUAAAUAUGAAUUUAUGCAUAAACUUUCUCUAACACUUUUAAACCAUUGUUAUGUAGAUUUAUAUGGAAUAAUGUUCCGUGGAAUGUUAAUGUUUGUAUGGUAGUACAAUCAUAACAGGAAAAAGAAAAGCAAAUAUUUGUUUUGUAUUUUGUUUUUUAAAGAUUUUACACUUGUGUUGAUAUAAGUGAACCAUUGUCUGCUUUUUAUGUUGUCAAUUUUUUUGUCUAGGAUGAAAAAAAGUUAUGGCACUUGAGAUAAAAUAACGGACAUUUACAGUAUGCUAUUUUUAUGGAUGUAAAACUACAUUGUAAGUGGGGGAUCUUUAUGUCCUUUAAUGGUGCUACACUGAUGGUGUGCUACAAAAUUAAUGUUAAUGAUAAAAACAGAACAUAGGCGUCCUGACAACUUGUCAGAAAAUGGCCAUCAUAGCAGAAUUUCCACACAUACCUUAAGUUGCCAAAUCUAUAUGGCAACGGGCUGCCAUCAGGAAAGGCACUGUACCACCUCAUUGUCCUACGAAGGCAAAAGUUUCUGUAAUAGACAGCCAGAUAUGUGCCAAAAUGUAGGUCACAAUUUCCUAGGCAUUUCCUUAACUUGUAAAAAUGCUGUGAGUCUACAUUAUUUAAAAUCAUAUGGUUUAUUUCUACAAAAAGAAAAUAAAAAAGACAAGCUGAAUACAGUUUGUAGUGUAAUAAUUCAUUGUUUAAAAAAAAGGAAAAAAAAAACAUUAGUCAGUCUUGAAAACUAUAUUCUUUGGAAUUGUUUCUGCUGUAUUUCUUUUGUCAGUUCCAUAGGUGGAAGCUAUGCUUGGGUAACAAAUAACCCCACUGAAAGGUAAACAGAUGAAACGACUCUAGCAGACAUACAUAUGGAGUUUAUCUAAGAAUGAGCAGUCAGUAUUGAAUGAUUUCUUUAACAUUUCCACAAGACUUUGUAAGAACUGAUACAUUUUGGGGGUGCCUGCAUGAACUGCCAUCUAAGAAUGCCCCAGUGACAAAGUACAUUUAAUAUUAUUUGCAGUACCAGUGUGGUAGCUUCAGAACAAUUACUUCCAGCUAGCGUAAAACAUACUACACCGCUUCUAAGGAAGUCUCAUAACAUGCCCAACACAAGUUCUCCUUGUUAAAGUGUUACUGUGAAAAUAAUAUGAAAAUGGGAGAUCACAACAUUAUCUGACUAGACAACAUAAUUCUUCAGACUUGGGAUGUGGAAGUUAAUCUUAAGUAAACAACACCUAUAAAAAUGUUUUAAUGCAUGUGGCCUGUUGCUUAUCUAGUGAAAUCUAGUUGCACUAAAAAUGUGCAAUUGUUGUGGUUAUUCUUUGUACCCUAAUGUAAUUACAUUUAAAGGAAUGAUUAAUGUAUUAUUGUAGUCACAUUAUCAGAGGAUAAAAUAGUUAAUAAAAUGCAUCAUUUUAAAAUAUUUUUGGAGUUUCUGCAUGCCUCCAGAGCCAUCAGUCAUAAUAUUACCUCCUUCUUGGCCCAUUACUCAGUCCUUCCCAUGAAUGGAAACUUCUCACUCCAAAGCACAAGUACAGUCUAUGUCUAUCUUGAAGACCUUCAUUUCUAUCAUUUUACCUGGGUUAGCAUCACCUGCAAGAGUUAGAAGGGGAUGAAUGGGCAGCUGUGCCCUAUUCAGCAAUUUAGUCAUCAAUCCUUGAAUAUUCUGUUAUUGUAUGCAAUGGGUCAGUGUGGGACAAGAGUCUUUCAAGGCCAUGUGCUUGUCUAGGCCUCAGCUGCCCUUUGUCAGUGCAUCUCCAGUUCUCCAUGUGAUUGCAUCACUGUGGUGCUUUCUUAUCUGCAUACAAGCAUAUAUCCAUAUUUGUUGUGCUUUUCAAUUGCUCAUCACCGAUACUUAUAUCCAGAAACAUAGGUGAUGGGAGCAACUUCCCCCAGCUUAAAGUGUUAGGGGACAUAAUAUUUAGAUGCUGAUUGGUCUUUAGUGCAUUACCAGCAUUCAAAGCUGAAUGACAGUAUUGCAUUUGCAGCCAAGGAGGAAGCACUUUACCAUUUAAUAUGUGGUAUAAACUGAUGUAAACAUUUAGAAGUCUUUUUUUUCUCCCCAACUGGAAGUGGAGGGAGACUCCAGAAUGGGGAACAGCACAGUGUGUCAGAAUUGUUAGGUAUGCGUUUGCUUACAACCUUCAUGGAGAUGUAAAGUGAGUCCUCACCCCUCUCUCUCUCUCUCUCUCUCUCUCUCUCUCUCUCUCUCUCACUGUGAAAACACAACAUGCUUCUGCAAAGAGUACAGGCAAGUGUAAUUUAAUUAGAAUAUAUAAAUACUCCUAGAAUACAGCUUUCUGUAUUUCAGGAGACCAUUCAGUAUAUGAUAAAACACCAGACUUGCACUCAUGUUUGAAGGUCACACAUCUGAUGAGUUCAGUCUGUGUGGUUGAAAGAAGCUUGCCAAACUGUGUACUGGUUUCAUGUCAGUAUCAUUGCAUGUACUGCUUAAAAACGUGCUAAGGAGGUAAAGUGGCAUCCUGUUAGGAAUCCAACAAAUGUCACAGAUAGUGCACAGAACAGGGGCUAAUACUGAUAUAUGUGCAAUAAAAAAAUUUGAUUGUAUGUGUCUGAGGGACAAAUUUGCAACAGGGGUAUUAAUUGGUUACACAAUGGUGAGACAGAUACUGACAUAGAAAGUAUGCUUUGGACCUCAUUAAAUCUAAACAGAAACAUAUUUUACUAGCUUAAUAAUGCUGUGAAGAGUAUGACAUUCCUUUCCACUGCAGCUCCAGUUUUGUCUGGGAAGUGUUCCUCUAAUAUAAGGCUCACUUCCAAGUGCCUGCUCUAUGUGAGUGCUUGCACUGUCUGCUUCUUGUAAAGGUUGGCAACAUAUUUGUAUGUCACCCAGUUUACUCGACUAUUUCAGCCAUAGUGAACUAAACACGUAUUGUGAUUUCCUUAACCCUACAUGUGUGUUUCCAUUCCAGGGACUGACUGCUGUUGUAGGUAUGGAUUUAGAGUCACUAUUUUGUUUGCCAUUUCAAUUCCUUACCAGAACAAUCUUAAUUAGUGUAAAAUUCUCAGUAUGUGUUAUAAAGCAUAGUAUCUUUAACAAGACUGUUUCUGUCGCUAGUCUUACCUGUGCACACUUUCCUGCAAAAUAAGUCACACAGGCAGUCAGGGGCUGACAGUACAGAUGUUUAACACUUUUUGUUCAGGGAUGUCAAGUGCACUCAUCAACAGUUAUCCCUGUAUAAGAUCAACUCAGUGGGACAGUUACUCUAAAUGUUUCCUCAGCAGAAGAUUGAUUUUUAUAAGCUUAGCAUGGCCUAGAUUUGGGAGUGAAAGCUAAUUUCUAGUAAGGGAAUAAUUUUGUUCACUUAUACCUAUUUACACAGAUGUACAGAAAGGGACAUUUUGUGGUCAUGUGACUUAUUCCAAGGUCACUUAGGAAGACAUUUAGCUUUAUUUUUAACUAAACUUUCAGGCAGCUGGUUAUCAGCCUAAUUUUCUGACUCAUGUUUUUUUCUGCCUCUGUUUAUUGAAAAAGAAAAUAUCUUAUAAUUUUAAGCAGUUUGGGGAGCAUGAUGUCUUUUAAUAAUAUGACAAUCCAUGGACCAAAAUGCAGAGAUUGCUCCUUAUGUUUAUUAAGCUGUGUUCUACUGGUACUCUGUGCAUAUGUUUUUAUCUGUUUGUAUUUCAUAAUGAUUAUCUCUGCCAGUUUGUACAAUAGUACACCUUUUAUACUUUUUAAAAAUAAAUAUACAUUUUAAUGAAUUUGA